AUGGGUCAUCAACAACCUCAUCAACAGAUGCUCUUUCUAUCUUCAAAGUCAAAGAAAAAGGCUGCUGCUGCUGCCGCUGCCGCAAAGGAAGCAGCUGAAGAUAUGGAUGAUGAUAAUGGAGAGACGACAAAGAAAUCAAAGAAGGAACAAUCUGCUGGAGGACAAUUGGAGAAUACAAUGAAGGAGAUUGAAAAGACUUUUGGAAAGGGAACAUUGAUGAGACUUGGUACAUCAUUCGCCACACAAAAGGUUGACGUCAUAUCAUCUGGAUCACUAGGUCUUGACAUUGCACUUGGUAUUGGUGGUCUUCCAAAGGGUAGAAUAACAGAGAUAUUUGGUCCAGAGAGUUCUGGAAAGACCACUCUUGCACUACACGUCAUUGCACAAGCACAAAAGGCAGGAGGCAACUGUACAUUUAUUGACGCUGAGCACGCUCUCAACCCAUCAUGGGCCGAACAACUGGGUGUCAACCUCGAUGAGUUAUACAUCUCACAACCAGACUCUGGAGAACAGGCAUUGGAAAUUGUAGACACACUGUUGCGCUCAAAGACCAUGCAGGUGAUUGUUGUGGACAGUGUGGCGGCCUUGGUACCACGCGUUGAACUGGACGGAGAGAUGGGUGACUCGCACGUUGGUGUACACGCGCGUCUGAUGAGCCAGGCACUCAGAAAGCUGUCACCAAACCUCAGCGACUCCAACUGUGUACUGAUCUUUAUCAAUCAGAUCAGAAUGAAGAUUGGUGUUAUGUUUGGCAACCCCGAGACUACAACAGGUGGUAAUGCACUCAAGUUCUUCUCGUCCAUCCGUUUGGACAUUCGCAAGACUGGCGCGCUAAAGAAUGGCGAUCAGGCCUUUGCCACACAGGUCAAGGUCAAGGUGGCCAAGAACAAGCUGGCGCCACCAUUCCGCGAGGCUCAAUUCGACAUUGACUUUAAGUCGGGCAUCAACAAGACUGGCGAGAUCAUAGACUUUGGUGUAUCGGAGGGCAUCCUCGAGAAGGGUGGUUCAUGGUACAGUUACAGUGGCACACAACUUGGACAGGGUCGUGAGAAGACCAAGCAAUAUCUAGAGGACAACAGACAGAUACUGGAAGAGAUUGAACAAAAGGUUAGACAAAAGUUGGUGUCUACAACUGUUCGUGUAUUGGAUGAUGAUGAUGCAGCAGCUCAAACAUUGGCAAUGGAUGAGUUACAUGAUACUCAAGUUGAAGAAGAAGAGGCAGCAUCAACCAAACAAUAA